AUGGCAGCUGUCGGGAAUGCAGCCCGGCAGAUACGGGAUCGGGCACUCCGCGAAAGAUCGAUUCGCGUGCUCGUAUCGCCAACGCCAAUCUCCUUCGCCGAGCGUCGCUCAGUCCUGCAGGUGCUGGAACAAUAUGGCUCUGUCGAGUGCUUCAAGAUGACUCCCGGCUAUUACGCCAACUUUGUAUCAAUAACGAAAGAGCCUACGACCGCCCAGAGGUUGAUAGCUAGCAGCCCUCUGACAUACAAGAUCACGGAGCCUGCACGCAGCGCCGUGGAAGAUAUCUACGUUGCGGACCUAGACGAACCCGAGAGCUUCAGUACUAUGCAGCCGACAAUAACUGGGCAGCAGACGAGCGGCGCGAACUCGCGGUCUGACGGACCGGAGCAGGGACAGGAUCAGGGACGGGAAGAGGAUCUAAAGCAAGGGCAGAGAGAGUUUAAGCUGGAGAUCUUCCCUGCGCCCGAGUACAAUCAUAGAUUUGCCAUGGCUGGCUCACCGCUGCACGGCUUUUGGCACGAGGGCUACGAACAAGACCAAUCCUUCAUUGCGACGACGCUAAAGCAAUCGCUGCCCAAGAGUAUAGCUAGCGAGGGGCUUGUGCACUGGAUGGUUAGCGGCAUGAAAAUGCGCAAAGAGCGCAAAGCGAAGAGGCUGCAGAUCAAGGAAUGGCUUCCCAGCCGCAUGAAGAAGGACGCGACUGAGUAA